UUCGGUUUCGGCUCAUUAGUGACGUACGACUUGUGUUGUACGAAAUGCCGGAUCGUAUUCAUCAUACUAUUGAUUUGGACGGUGGCUAUCGUUUUCCCAAUCGUUCAACACAUCUAUAACUUGGGGCCAGAAUUUUGUCCGGAAAAGCGAAAGCUCGCCGUUUGGAUCGACUUUCAUCCAUACGUACUCGAUUUUAUGCUAAAAGUAAAGCACUAUAAUCCUGUUCUCAUUAAUAACAAUAUGAGCUAUAAAAUGCAAAUUGAAUCCUCUGGUGACCCGACGGCCGCAUUCAUCCUAACCGAUGGCUAUUUAUUACAAUCCAAUUGUAUUGUCUAUUUGAUAUCGUUGGCCAUGUGGAUGCCCUUGGUGGUGGCGAUGAUUGUGGAUCCGAUCAAUCGGGUGCCGCAGGACUACUUGGACACCAUGUGGUGGAUAGCGUUGGCCAACUCGUGCACCUUCUCCUAUCUCUAUGCGGCGACCAAUCGUGAAUUUCGCGAGGCUUUCAAUAAACUGUUUUACUACUGUUGCUGCAAAUCUCACGUCACGUUCGCCCGUAAGGGGGCGGCUAUGCGACGGGGUUUGGCCGCCGACUCGAUC